AUAGCUAACUUUCCAACCAGCGCGCAGAUGUAAUGAUUGUCCUGUGCUUUUCACGUCUUCCCACGGUUUAGUCGGAAAAACUACAGUCUAAUAGCCGUUUUAAUUAUACGUUUACCAGUCUUCCUGAUAUUUAUAUUUUUUUACAUUUAACUUUGUCCAAUUAAUAAAAAUAAAUGCAGACCAUCCGAAUUCCUCAAACGUCUACAGGUGAAGAGCUGUUUACCAUCAAACCAAUAGAGCUGGGACACAAAGAAGGAAACAGACAAUGUGAUGUGACUACAGUCAAAGUAAAAACACUCAAUCAAGCACAGACUCACUGACGAAGUCUGGAGACAUUAAAUACCUAAACAUAAAACUAUGUCUGAGAUCCUACGGUCAAACCUGGAGCUGCUAGAAGACAGCCCCUCCAAAACCAGCGGGGUGACUGCUGAACCCCAACCCCCAACAUGGGGGGCAGAGGGGGAGAAGGUGAUUGAAGAAUUGGAAAAGGGAAGGGAGGGAGUGAUGGUGGAGGAAGACGAAAUGGUUAGCUCUGCUAAAUUGGAGCCUACCACUCUGCAAUGGCCGGGUGACAGGGAUGUAGAGAAAGCAACAAAGAACGGAAGUGCAUUGACUGUGAAAGAAGAUAAGGGAAGGGGAAAGGGAGAUGACCCUGAGGGAGAGAGGAGAAGCGUGCACUCCAUGUGCAACUCUCUUCAAGAAGGAGGAGGCCGGAUGGAGAGCGAGAGAAGGCUGGGUUUGGGCGUGGAGAGAAUGAGAACGGGGGAAGAAUGGAUGGAGAGAGAGGUGCAGCACCCAGGGCUGUGUAAGAGAGGGAAGAAGGUGCAGGUAGAGAUAGAGGUGGAAGAUGGUAUGAACUCUUUGCCUGAGAAGGCAGCACAGGUCUUCAACCCAUCUGUCACCAUCUUACACUCCUGUAGUGCUCCGACAUCUCCCAGAGAAAGGGAGCCAUUCUGGGAUUUGGAUGCAGAGAAGAAUCUCCUCCUAGUUCCCCAGGGAACCCCACAUGAUGGCUACUACCACGACUGGCCAGUGGAGGCGGGGUCCUCAAAAUAUGGGUGUGACUGUGCCAACCGGGAUGCUCUCAAAGUGGGGGUGUCUGUGUUCACUGCAGCUCUAAUUUUCCCCCUCCUAGUGUGGGGGGGUUAUGUCUUCCUGCCUUUUGAUGCCCCACUGCUGGACAGUGCCCCCCUCAGGCUGGUCUACACACUGCGCUGCUCUGUCUUCGCUGUGGUGCCCAUCAUACUGGGCUGGUUGGUGCUGGGUGUCUCCAGGAUGCGGUUGGGGAAUGUGAAGCCGCUGUGUGAGGUGGAGGCCAGGGAGGUGGGUGUGCACCGGCGCUAUGUGGAUGACUCCGUCACCCUCUUCCUGCUCUACUUCCUGCAGCUGGCCGUAAUGGCGCCCUACCUGAGCCAGGACCUGCUCAAACUGGUGCCCUUGCUCACUAUCAUCUUCGCCUUUGGCAGGCUGAUGUACUGGGUGGCAGCUGCACUGGGCAGCAGUGUUCGGGGCUUUGGCUUCGGUCUGUCCUUCCUGCCCACCGUGGCCAUGCUGGGUGCCAAUCUCUACUUCAUCUUCACCAUGGACGCUGGGGGCACCAUCUUCGACCAGGAUGUGGUUCACCAACAAGACCAACCCCCAGCCUCCCGCCAGAGGUUCUGGGGAUAGGGGAAUGGAGUAAAGACCGAAGGAAUGAAAAGGAUGGGGAAGAGGGACAGGAUUUGUUUUACCUACUGGUGGAAUUUAACUUUCAAAGGGUUACUAUGUAAACGGUAGUGGAUCGUGCUGGUGUGUUUAAACCACACUGAUGAUGUGUAGAAUAGACUGGGCAGUGGUAGUCAGUGAUAGAGCAUGUACAAACCGUUAUUGGAGAAAGGCAGUCUACGUAAUAAUUCAUUUUGCAUGGCAUUAUACCAUCACUUUAGUGAAACAGUAGAAUGUAUUCUGUAAAAGGUCUGCUAAUUGACAGCAUGACAGUUAAAUACCAUGGAAUAAUUUUGAAAUCACAAUUGUCUCGCUGCAAAUAGUUUGUAGAUCGACACAGAAUUGUGCCACUUGGGGAAGUUUUGAAAAUAACCAAACCACUGUUUUCCUCAUAUCUAGCUAGGCUUGCUGCAGACAAAUAGUUUGCUGAACUAUACUGUUUGGUUUGACAAGUAUAUCUGUACUUGAGGCAUCCUGUAAUCUACUGUAUUGCAUUUGGUAUUUCAAGCUAAUAACAAUUGCAUUUACAUUUGGGGCGUUUAUAGAGAAACUGAGACUUGCUCUAGACCUCUUAGUCAAUUUCCUCUUGAAAAUGUUCAAUAUAACCAAUCAUAAAAUCAUGUUCUGUGAAAAAGUAAUCGACUACUGAGUGGACAUUUUGUCUCAUCUUCAUGACUGUAUGAAGGACGUCCCCACAUAAGCAAUGUCAUAACAGCUAACAAAUCAUUGAAAAAUAAUUGAUUUAGUAUAAAGAUUUUGACAUAGAGAACCAUUUCACAAUUGGAGAAUGUGGAUUGCAUGGCAUUUUGUGCCUCCCCCAAAAUGGCAGUGACCUUAUAGAAACCAACCAGUCCAACAAGUGCCUUUGUCUCUGAAAACUAAUCCUUUCACAAUACAGCACAGCCCUGUAAGGGUGAUUGUGAAUGGAGUUGUUACUGUAUUUUAAAAUGUUAUGUAUGAAAUCUGAUUUGUACAGUUCAGGCAUCUACUUUAUAUAAAAUGUAUAACUACGCUGAUUUCUUUCUACAUUUCAAGGUACACUUACGGUCUGAAACAAAGUGUAGAGUCUCUUUAAUGUCAUAUUUUAAAAUAAUUUAUGACUCAAUGAUCAAUUAUACUUAACAAGUGAUGUUUUUAUUGGCCUUUCAUUUGUGAAGCUGACAUUUAUUGGUUUGAAAGCCUUUUAGUGACCAAUAAAAAUUAACAAGCAUUUAAGGUAGACCUUUGUGCAUUACAGUUGUUUGAAAUGGGCACCUGUUUUCAGACUGUUAUUGCUGUGUUCGUAACCAAGUGGAAGGUGGUAUUUAUCACAAAUGACUGGGAGAAAACUACUUGAACACCCCUCCAACUCGUAAUUACUAGUGGAAAACCAUAGAGAUCGUUAGAGGACGCAACAUUGUAUCGGUCAGAUUUUGGCUUUGUGAGAGCAUGCCCUGUGCCAUUGAGGCCAUCUCCAUUUUGAAGAAGUACAUUUUCUUCUACUACGAGUUGGUAAACAAACUGAAAGGGUGCAUACAUGCCACUUGGAGUGUGUUGUUUGAACAGGUAUAAAGCCAAGGUGGGGGAUUUACUGCCACCUGCAGUUAUGGAAUGUUUGCUCACAAGUGUAAUUAAUUGGCUGAUCCCUCCUGAUGACCUGGAUGGAAAUAUAUAAUCUUUCCUUAA